GUUAUCUGGUAUAUUGUUUACAUCUUGAAGUGCGCAUAAUGCAAUCAUCUUAAUUUCGAUUUUAAGAAUUAUCACCUAAUUAGUGCAGAUAUUAUUUUUAACGUAUUUAAUGUAACGUUUAAAAUAACAUAUUUAUCAAUUAAUUAUAUACUAAAAUGGUCUACAAAAGAAACUAUAAAAGAUGUUCUGUACCUUUUUGCAAUAGUAACAAUAUAGAUUUUAAAAGAAUUAGCUUUUUUAAAUUUCCAAAAGAUGAGAAACUCCGUAAUAUUUGGAUGAAGAAUUGUGGCGUGGAUUUUCAACCUGAAGCAUUCCUGUCGUAUUUUAAAUGUCCUAAAAUAUGCGAAGAACAUUUUGAAAAAACAAUGUAUCGGCGUUUAAAUAAUUUUUGUUCUCUGCAUCACGAUGCAGUUCCAACAUUGUUUAAUGAUGAAACAUUAAAACAUAAAGAACUGAAAGAUAAUCAAGUAAAUACUGAGUUUCCAAAUCAAAAUAUCAAUUCAAAUCCUUUAAAUUCUUUUUUCCACGAUAAAGUCAGAAAGUCGAUAUUAUCAAAUUUAUGUUCUGUGCCAUUUUGCAUUAAUAUUAGUAGAAGAAUAGAGAAUGGGAAACCCCUUAAGUUUUAUACAUUUCCAAAGGAUGAUAAUCUCCGCGGUGUUUGGAUAAAAAAUUGUGGACUGGAAUAUUUUUAUGAAGAACUUAAUGCUCGUAAACGGCUCAAAGUAUGUGAAAAACAUUUUGAAACUAAAAUGUUUAAAAAGCAAUCAAUUUUGCCAACUGCGGUUCCAACAUUAUUUAGUGACCUAUCAAUAAAUUAUAUAAAUCAUAAAGAAAGUGAAGUUUUCCUAAAAUCUACUAUUAAACCACAGUCUCAUUGUCUAAAUAUUAGCUCAGCUCAUGAAACUUGUUUGAAUUAUGGUGAACAGAAUAAAGAUCAAAGUAAUUCAUUUUGUUUGCCAUCACCUUAUAUCGAUGAACACUUCAGUGAAUCAAAACCCGAUUUGUUUAACUCUUCUGUUACAAAAACUGAAACAAAUAGAACAAUGGAUUUAAUCAAUAGUGAAUCAGUAUCAUUUACAAAUUUUGAUUGUGGUGGUCAAACGCCAGAGUGUUCGUCUCAUACUAGUUUGAAUCAACAGAACUUAAAUCUAAAACAACAAUAUGUAAAAACGAAUUUUGAAAAACUCAACGAAACAACAGUACACCUUGUCGAUGACUACAACUGUCGUUUGCAACCAAAUUUUUGUAAUACGUUAGAAUUUGAAAUAGAAAAGAAUGACUCGAUUAAAUUUACAGAUAGUUUUAAGUAUAAAUGUAUAGACGAUAGUGCAAAGAAUUCAUUCGUCUCUUCUAACAUGUAUUCGAUAACAAAUAUGCCUAAUAAUUCGUUAUCUUCAAGUCCACAAUUAAUGCUUAAUGAUAUGAAAAAAUAUUUAUCGAUUGACAAAGAGGAUAAAUUAAAUAGCAAUGGCAGUUCUAUUAAUCAAGUAAGAAAGAUUAAAAAAAGUAUAGCUCGUUUACAACAAUUUGUGAAUAAAAAAGAAUCUUCAAGAAAUUUCCUUUUAAUGAGUAAAAAAUAUUUACCACCAGAUUUGUUUGAUGAUGUCUUAGAUCAUGUUCUAAAACAAAGAAAAAUUUUUGGUAAAUUUUGAAAACAAAAAGUAAAACAAUUGAAAAUUUCUAAAAACUCAUUAUGAUCAGAAUAACAUUACCAUUUUUGUGUACAUUAUUAUUUAGGUAAUGUUCACUGUUAAAUUUAAUUUUUUAUGAUAAGUAAUUACGAAAUUGUAUUUUAAA